AGCCUUUCUGGCUCCAGCUGCGCUGCCUGACAUUCACGACGUUUGAACGCACUACCAUCUGGGAGCGAACCAGUGCAAGCGAAGACCCACCGAAUGGCCCGUACCCUCUUUGCGACGCUGGCGCUAGCCCUAUGCGGGCGCGCGGGGGGGUCUCCGCCAGGUGUGGGGCCGCUCGCUGCCUUCCUGCGCCGGGGCACGCGUGGGGGGGCAGCAGAACAGGGGCCAGUGGUGCUGCCUUUGGUCCGGCGCCUCGUCGAGGUCGGGUCCGAGGCUGACAACGGGACUGCCCCGAUGAUGAAGAGCUUUUACGUCGGAGCUGUGCGCGUGGGCACGGGCGGCGCCGAGCUGGGGAUGGAGGUGUUUUUCGAUACCAGCUCGGGGCAGGUAAUCCUGGACUCCGUCAGGUGCGAGGCGACCCCGUGCCUGCUGCACAGGCGCUACUCGCCAACUGUCGACCUGCGCCUCGACGGGGCCCAUGUGCCAGAGGGGAGGCGGGGCAACCGGGUAGACAUCCGCUUGGACAGUAACGACGCCGCACCCGGCAGGGCGACUGGCGACCUGGUCCGCGACACGCUCUGCCUGGGGCCCCUGGUCCGCACGGCCUGCGCGCAGGUUCGGCGGCUUUCUUUCGGCGGCUACAACGAGGCGCGGCUCGCCGCACCACUCUCGUGGACGCCCGUGGCCCGCCCGGAGGAGGGCUUCUGGCAGGUCGGUAUCAGCUCCAUCCGCGUGGGCGGGAGGUCGCUCGGCCUCUGCGAGCGCUUCUCCGGGGGCUGCCGCGGCGUCGUGGACAGCAGCUCGGCCAAUCUGGGCGUGCCCUCCGAUCUGAUGCCCGCACUUCUGGAGGCGCUGGCCGUCUCCUCGACCGAGGGCGGCCCAUGCAGCGGCGCGGUGGGCCCGGACCUGCACCUCGUGCUGGAGGGGGGCGCCACCCUGACGCUCGGGCCCCGCGAGUACGCUGGGCCCUCUGCGAGGGCGGCGGGGGGGUGCGGGCCGCAGCUGCACUCGGUGUCCACGGAGUCCAAGGCGGCCGCCGGCCGCUUCCUGCACAACGGCACGGUCCGCCGAGCCGGAGGCCUCGCGGAGCGCACGCUGCUGCUGGGGGAGCCCCUGCUGCGGCGGUACUACACGGUCUUCGACCUCGGCGCCGAGCGCAUCGGCUUCGGGCUCGCAGCGCCCAGCACCCUGCCGGGCCUGGAGCCAACGCCCGCCGCAGAGGAGCCGCCACCGCAGGAGGAUUUUGUCCUCAUGCAGACUUGCAGGCCAGUGCCGACAGGGCCGUGAGCAGCGGCGGCCACUGGCUCGCCCCGCUCCGCGCCGUUUGUCUCGUCGCCUCGCGGAUCGCGGGCUCGGGCUAGCGCCAUCUAGUACGCCUUGCCCGCACGUGCUUGCCCAGGAUCAGGGUGUCUUCAUCUUGCUCUCCCCGUCCUCCCUGUCCUCCCC